AGAAAUGAGGCUUUCCGAACUUUUUGGUAUGAGACAUGUUUCGCUUGUCAGGAUGAUAAGAGACGUCAUCAAUGGGGAGCAUUGUUUCAAGGCGAAAUCUCAUAUUUUGAAUUGCGCUCCUAGUCGGUUAGACCAUGUAUGCACGUCGGCUUUCAAUUGAAAUUAUACACCGUUGACUGGACAUGUUCUUCUGCGAGAAAUAAAAUGAAGGAGAGAAAAAUACGCCUUAAACCAAAAUUUAUUCAUCAUAAUUUCACAUAAUUCAAUCUUUAGGUUGAAGAGAACAAUCUUUUUGUUUGUUUAGAUUCACUGUCGGCGUAAACUAGAACAGGCGCUAGGACGCCAUGUCCGGUGUUCUAUGUUCGCUAUCUAUGCCUAACAAACGUAAACGAGAUUUAAGUGUACCAAGCAUUAACUUACAACGCAACGGUCACCCUUCAAUGGAUUUGGAGUCAGUCGAUACUAAAAAGUCGCGUGUUGAUCAUCGAAUGGAGACACAGCCAUCUCGUGUUGUACAUAUACGAAAUAUGCCUUCUGAUGCAACAGAAAAUGAGAUUGCGCUUUUCACAAUACCAUUCGGUUCACUCAAGAAUAUGGUUCUUUCUAAAAGAAGUAACCAAGCCCUUAUCGAGAUGAAUGUUCUGGAGGAAGCUGCACAACUAGUCACUCAUUACUUGAAAUAUCCUGUUACUUUGCAUGGGAAACACUUGAUCUUUCAGUUUUCUACACAUUCACACCUUGAAUUAGUUUCCGAAAAUGAUGCUGUCGUUAAUGCUAUCAAAAAUGCGAAUCGAGUAGUUCAGCAAGAUCUUCCUGGUGCACAAUCCGGUGUCCCUAACACUGUGAUACGUGUAAUCAUAGACAACAUUAUGGGGCAGCAAAUUAAUCAUGUUAUUCUGUAUAAGAUAUUUCAUCGGUUUGGAACCCUUUUACGUGUGUUGAUUUUCCUACGCAAUAAUCAGUAUCAUUGUUUAUUGGAGUUCCAGAAUCAUAUCCAAGCGUUCGUCGCUAUGUUACUCCUCAACGGUCAGAAUAUAUAUACUGGUUGUUGUUCUCUUCAUGUGGAGUUUUCGAAAACCCGAGGACCUUUGGAAGUUCGCCGUGAAAAUGAUAAAUGUCGUGAUUACACCAUUUCACCUCUUACUGAAGAGGAAUUAAAUAGUUUACAAGCAUUACCAAGCGGUGUAAAUACUACUACAGUAAAUCAGACUGUGAAUGCGAUUACUCAACAACCCACACUGGGACAGGGUUUGUCUCUAGCUAAUCCAACUGCAGCAUUCACUACCGUUCCUCAAGCCCCGCCCUCAGGCAUCAAUGAACUUGCUCUUCAGUUAACUCUUCUUGCUCAACAGUCUGGUCUUGCCUUAACACCAGCUGCAGCCGCAGCUACUGCCAGUUUCAUGGCUUUAACUGCUCAAGGUGGAAAUUCUGCUGUAAACCCAACAUCAGGAAAUAUAAUAAAUGCGGCAGCAUUGUCAACUCAGCGUACUGCCCUCCCGAGUGUCCCAAAUCAGACACAGAUUGUGCCUACUUUAGUUCAACAGUCUGUACCUAAUGUGGGACAAACUGGGGCUAGUACUGUGUUGAUAGUCUCGAAUCUCAACGAGGAGAAAGUAUAUCCAGAUGCAUUAUUUACACUUUUCGGUGUUUAUGGUGAUGUAACUCGGGUCAAGAUAAUGUUUAACAAAAAGAGUACUGCUUUGGUUCAAUUCUCAGACCCUCAACAGGCGCUGACAGGUAUGUCUUGUGAACAAUUACCUUAAUGCUUACUUCCUAGCUCUUUAUUAUCUGAAUGGGCAACCGUUGUAUGGAAAACCGUUGAAAAUAGCUGUCUCACGCUUCAAUACUGUUCAAUUGCCAAAAGAGGAUACAGAUGUCGGAUUGACAAAGGAUUAUACGAACAGUUCACUUCAUCGAUUUCGUAAACCAAAUUCUAAGAAUUUUGCCAAUAUUUAUGCGCCAAAUCAUGUCCUGCAUUUAAGUAAUAUCCCCUCUGCGAUUACAGAGGAAGAAGUUAGAAUGAUAUUUGAAACCAAAGGAUAUCAUGUUACAGAUUUCAAAUUUAUGAUGAAGGAUAAGAAGAUGGCACUGAUUCAACUUGAAAAUGUAGAUAUGGCUAUUCAGGCGUUAAUAGACCUUCACAAUUGUCAGCUGACGGAAAAUUCGCAUUUGCGUAUCAGCUUCAGUAAGACUGCUAUAUAAAGUAACUUGAAGACCUCUUUUUGCUUGUUAUACCUUUAUUUAACUUUGAUUCCUGGUACAUAAAAAUACAUUUUAUAUGAAAAACCGAGUUUAUUUUUGGCUUUUUAUCACAAUUCAGAUAUGUGUUUAUUUUAUUCAGUCAAUUCCUUCAACUUUCUCUACUGCAUUAGCAUAUUGUGUGCUUCAAAGUUUAACUUUCAUAAGCAGCAGCAGUAGUCGUCAAAUGUUUGGCAAACGAUUAUCUUUAUAAGUUUCCAGACCGUAGGUGUUACGAAUUUCCUGGAAUAAUUUGAGCGCCGAGUCAGAUUGAUUCAUUAUAAAUUAUUUAAA